AGGAAGAAAAAAAAACGUCAAAAAUGGUUCUUCAAAGUGGCAUCACGUUCCGUAAUGCUGGCAAGAAGAACCAACCAGCCAAAUACUCGGAGGAAGGCUCAUCUAGGAGCAUUCACUUGUACGACACGGUGGCGGUGGCGGGAGUUGGCAACCCGCAGCCUAUCCCUCACAUCGGCGGUGGCCGCGGCAAUGGUCGUCACUUCAUUGAUGACAAUAUGCGGCAUGCGGGAUAUAGUAGCGAUGCUUUCAAGCAGGUAAACUCCGACCAACAAAGCAAAGAACAAUGUUACGGCAGCUCAGUUGACUACCAACAUGGGGCGUCGCCACAUGUGCAAAAUGGGAUGAAUCAUCCGUUUACCAUUGCAGAGAGCAAUAAGCUAAUGAGCGGCGGCGGCGGAAUACAAAUUCUCGAUGGUAUUAUUCGUUACCGUACGUAUAAGGAGGAGCAAAUAAUCAAGGAACAUCAAAUUCGAUGUCCGAACGGUUACUUUCAUGAAAAGGCGACGGAUCGGACCUGCGACCACGAGGAAUUGAUCAAUUGAAUAUUGAAGGCUUCGAUCUAAUCCUUAGGAUGUUUUCUUUUGGACUUAAAUUUGUUGGUC